AUGUACUCAAAAGACGCUUAUAAAGCUCAAAAGAAAAUGAUGGAACACCAAAUGGAUAUGCAAAAAGAUGCUAUGAAAUAUGCAGCUAAAACCGGUGGAGUAUAUGGUUGUCCACCACCAAUGGGAGGUUAUCCACCACAGCCAAUGGGAGCAUACCCACCACCUAUGGGAGCAUAUCCACCACAACCAAUGGGAGGUUAUCCACAACAACCAAUGGGAGCAUAUCCACCACCAAUGGGAGGAUGUCCACCACCUAUGGGAGCAUAUCCACCACCAAUGGGAGGAAUGCCAGGUCCUGGAGGAUAUCCAAUGGGAGGAUUUUAA